AUGCCACCAGCUUCCAUCUCGUCCGGCGAGGCGCCCAAAAAUGCGUUUAAAAGCCCAAUGGACGACAGCAAGAAUGUCGAAAUGCAGGUGGGCACCACCAUUGAGGUUCAAGCCCCCUUUAUGACCGACGCUGUGCACGCCGCCGAGUAUGUCGAGUAUCUGCGCCUCAAAGACCACUUUACGGCCGAUCCCAAGGCGCAUCGGAGUUUGAUCCUGCGCCUCGAUGCCCGCAUCCUGCCCUUCCUAUUCAUGUACUACCUGCUGAACUCGAUUGAUCGGUCCAAUGCUGGCAAUGUCAAGAUCUACACCUUCAUGGAAGACACCAACAUGACCAAUACCCAAUUCAACCUGGCCUUGACAUGGUUCAUCAUCAUGUAUGCCAUGUUUGAAGCUCCAUCCAAUAUGAUGCUGCGCCGCAUUGGUCCCCGGAUCUGGCUGUCAUCGCUCGUCAUCUGCUGGGGGUGCGUUACUAUUGGCGGUGCCUGGGUCAAGAGCUACCACGACUUUGUCAUCUGCCGUGUGUUGCUCGGCUUGUUCGAGGCCGGAAUGUAUCAAGGUUGCUUCUACACAAUCAGUUGCUGGUAUUUGCCCAACGAGCUGCAGUCUCGUUGUGCGUGGUGGUACUCGGCAACUCUGCUAUCCGGUGCUUUCGGUGGCCUACUAGCAUACGCUGUUGGCCCACUUCAGGAUCAUCACGGCUUGAGACAGUGGCAGUGGCUUUUCAUCGUUGAGGGUUGCAUCACCGUCAUUAUCGGUAGCCUCGGUCUGCUACUAUGCGUAGACUUCCCAGAGAGAUGGAGCUCCCGAUGGUUUAGCGCAGAUGAGAUGAAGUACCUCAAGUUGCGUGUCAAGUAUCGCGAUGGUCCCGUGCCUCCCGACUUGACAUUCCGCUGGAGCGUCUUCUUUGAGGCCGUCAAGGAUUGGAAGACCUACCUUGUCGCUUCUCUUCUGGCCUUUGGUGGCUCCGUGCCAACAUACUCUGUCAACUACACUCUGGCAACGAUGGUGAAGAGUCUCGGAUACUCCGCCAUCCAGGCCCAAGCUAUGACCUCCCCGCCCUACGUCUUCGCCUUCUUCUGCGUUGUCGCCAUUGCUUUCUAUUCCGAUCGGUAUCAAUGCAGGGCCCGGUCUUUGAUCAUCAGCUACACGGUGGGCACGAUCGGCAUCAUCAUCUUAUGGCCCUCUUUGCACUAUUCAAACCUUUCCGGGCUGAGCUACUUUGCUCUGUUCCUUGUCAUCGCUGGCUACAACAUGCAGGGCCCGGCAGUCGGCUCCUGGCUCGGCACCAAUGUGCGCAACCCGGCCAAGCGUGCCGCGGCCAUGGGCUGGAUGUCAACCUGGGGCCAGCUUGCUGGCGGUUGUAUUGGUGUCAACAUCUUUGUCAGCCAUGAGGCCCCUACAUACCGCUCCGGCUUCAUCACCAUCAUUGUACUCGUCGCUAUAGGUGGUUAUGGUGCCUGCAUCACCAACUGGUACCUACUUCGCCGCGCCAACCUUCAGAAAGACCGCAUACCCCCAGAGGAGCUAGAGGGCAAAUACACAGAAAAGCAACUGGCUGAAAUGGGCGAGUACUCGCCGUACUUCAGAUACGUUUUGUAA